AUGAUUAAAGUCUAUAAUCCCGAGUUGCUUAUUUCUGAUGCAUAGGAUAAAUUAACAUAAUUAGUUAGGGAUGACUUUAAGCCAUUCAUCCUGAGAUGUGAAUAACACAAAUUAUGUGUCUUAGAAAAUGAGAACUUGAUAUUAUUUUCUGUUCUUUUUGAUAAAUGUUCCCCAAUAGUUGAUGAAGCCUAAUUGUAUACAUGAUUAUAAAUAAGAACGAUUACACUUGUAAGUUAGAAGGAUGAAUCUAAAAUCAUAGCGAUUAAAUUUGCAGACAAGAAAGGAAUGUCUUAUUUACAACAUUAUGUAAAUAAUUUUAAAUGAUAUUUAGAUUCAUUCAAGAAAAACCUAUUCAAAAUAUAUGGGUCCUUUGGCAUAUCAACCUGUAAGAAAAGAAAGGACAUCAUUAUUAAGUACAGAAUCACCAGAAUAGAAUUUUAGAGGAAUAUUAAAUCUAGCCAUUUUAAUAUUAAUAGCUAAUCAUAUUAGAUUGAUAUUUGAGAAUUUUUAAAAGUAUGGUUUAUUGAUAACAAAUGUAUUUUGGAAAUUUGAAAUGGUAUAAAUAAAUGGAAAUCCUAUAAUGUAAGCCUUAUUAGUAUUAAUUAUUAAUUUAUUGUCUGGAUUUGGAAUACAAUAUUUAUAAUUUAAAAGAGAUCUUAAUCCUAGUAUAAUAAGAACAUUGAAUGUUUUUAAUAUUGUUUUAACAAUAAUAAUCCCAUGUUAUGUAAUUUAAGGAUCACAUCCAGGAUUAAAUUUGAUAUUUCUAGGUGUUUAAUUUAUAGUCUUUAUGAAAUUGAUAAGUUAUGCUCACUUUUUAAGAAAUACUUACUUUUAUAUUUAAAGAAUAAAGUAAGUAAAAAAUAAAAAGGUAACACUUGAUCAUUUUUUUGCUGAAUAUGAAGUCAAUAAUGAAAAUCUUAAAAUAUUAGAAAAAUAUUCAUAAAAUUAAUCUAGAAUUUUAGAUUUUAAACAUUUCUUAUAUUUUUUAGCUGCUCCUACAUUAUGUUUUCAAUUAUCAUAUUUAAGAACAAAUUCUAUAAGAAAAGUUUGGUUAAUUAAAAGAAUAAUAGAAUACAUAUUUGUUAUACUCUUUUUAGUAAUAAUUUGGUUCUAAUAUACAGAACCAUUAGUAGAAAAUACAUAUAAAAUGUUAUCAAAGGCUCCAACUCUUAUGGUUCUAGUAGAUAGAUUAUUAAAAUUAGCAAUACCUAAUACUUAUAUGUGGAUAGCUUUAUUUUAUGGAUAAUUUUAAUGUUUUUUGAAUAUUACAGCAGAACUUUUGAGAUUUGCAGAUAGAGAAUUCUAUAAAGAUUGGUGGAAUUGUAAGAAUCUUGAAGAAUAUUGGAGAUUAUGGAAUUUACCUGUUCAUCAUUGGUUAGUUAGUAUAAUAUUAAAAUAAAUUAUAGGACACAUUUAUUUUCCAUGUCUAAAAUCAGGAAUGAGCAGAACCACUUCAAAUAUGAUAGUGUUUUUAGUAUCAGCUUUAGGUCAUGAAUAUAUAGUAAGUGCAUCAAUUGGUGUAGUAGAAGCUUGGGCAUUUGUAGGAAUGUUUGCAUAGGCACCAUUUAUGUUAAUAUAAAAGAAAUUAGAAAAAGUAAAUAUAUGAAAAUAUAUAAAAGUUACUUAAAUUAUAAGAUUCUUAAUUAGGAAAUUUAAUGUUUUGGAUGACUUUUUGUUUUAUUGGAUAACCAAUAAUGAUAUUUGUUUAUUACUUUAGAUAUUUAGAAAAGAUAGGACAUCCAAUAUGA